AUCAUCCCUUUGCUCUCCCAGUAGCUGCCAUUGCGGUGUGUGAUGGCGGAUUCUCUACAGCAUGCUCGUCGUAGCGCGCACAGCAGGGAGAGGAACGCCUCAGGCGGUUGGUUAAUUAGUUAAUUAAAACAACCCCUCGGCCGAGCUGGGGACGCUCUCGGUCCGCCCUCCCCCUUGGGGAGCUCGGCGCCUCCGGGCCGCCAGGGGGCGCUGCCGCUGCCCGCCGCUCCCUGCGCCGCCGCUCUCGGGCGCUUCCGGCGGGGGGGCGGCUGUCGCCGGGUCGCGGCGGCCGCAGGAUGCGGCGGUGGCCGGUGCUGCUCUUCCUGGCCUGGGUCUGCUUGCUGUUCUUCGCUGGGAUCGCGCUCUUCAUGAGCGGCUUCCUGCUCACCCGGAUUGAGCUUCCCAGCAGCAGCUCCUGCUCAGACCCGCUGGUGCCGCCACUCUGGGAGAGGCAGAGCCUCCCGCCGGGCUCUUGUUGGGCACCCCAGCGCUUUUCCAAGGCCGUGCUUGUCAUCAUCGAUGCCCUCCGUUUCGAGUUCGCCCACUUUAACCCAGCCAAGGCCAGCCCGCUGCCCUAUGAGAACAAGCUGAGUUUCUUGCACCACCUCACAACCUCCCAGCCUCGCCAUGCUCGCCUCUACCGCUUCCGAGCCGACCCCCCAACUGCCACCAUGCAGCGCAUCAAGGGCCUCACUACCGGCUCGCUGCCCACCUUCAUCGACGUGGGCAGCAACUUUGCCACCUACGCGAUCCAGGAGGACAACCUGCUGGCACAGCUGGUGCAGAACGGAAGGAGAGUGAUCUUCAUGGGCGAUGACACUUGGGAAGGACUCUUCCCCAAGAAGUUUUUCCGCUCGUAUUUCUUCCCUUCUUUUAAUGUGAAGGAUCUUCACACCGUGGACAAUGGGAUCCUGCAGCAUCUCUAUCCAACUGUGGACAGUGGUGAAUGGGACGUGCUGAUUGCUCACUUCCUUGGCGUGGACCACUGUGGGCACAAACACGGACCUGACCAUCCUGAAAUGGCUAAGAAGCUCACACAGAUGAACGAGAUGCUCAGGUCCUUGGUGGAUCACCUGAGGAAUGACACCCUUCUUCUGGUGGCUGGGGACCACGGCAUGACAGAGACUGGAGACCAUGGUGGCGACAGUGAGAAGGAAGUGAAUGCAGCUUUGUUUGUGUACAGCAAAACACCCCUGUUUGGCAGUGGCCCUCCAGAGGAGCCUGAGGCCGUUCCCCAGGUGAACCUGGUGCCCACUGUGGCCUUGCUGCUGGGUGUGCCCAUCCCCUACAGUAACAUUGGGGAAGUGAUGGCUGAGCUGUUCUCUGGGGACGGUGACACUCUGUCUGCAGCCCUACAGCAGCUCUCGGUCUACCACAUCAAUGCCAAGCAGGUGGACCGCUUCCUGCGCUCAUACUCACUGGUGGCUCAGGACCUGCCGGCAGAGCAGCUCCAGCGUCUGCAGGAGCUCUUCUCCAGUGCUGUGGAGGAGCAUACUCAGCUCCUCAUCCAGGUGCAGGGGACGAUGCCGGUGCCUCCAGAGCUGGAGUCCAGGCUGAGGAACCUCAUCGGUCGCUUCCAACUCUACCUGCGGGAGGCACGGGCUGUGUGCACCCAGUCCUGGGCCCGCUUCCAGCCCCUGCGGAUGGUGGGGGGCUGCACCCUCAUCGCUGCUUCGUGCUUGCUCUGCUACGUGGCCUCAGAGCUGGCUGCGGUGUCGGACUCUUUCUAUCGCAGCUGCCUCCUGUACCCACUGCUUUGGGGCCUGGUGGGGGUUUUUCUGCUUGGGCUGGCCCAUGUGUUUACCCAGGAGGGGCUGGAUCUGCUCCUGGUGUCAUCAUGGGCAGCCGCAGCUUCUCAGCUGGGAUUUUUCUGGCACUGGUGGGGCCGGUAUCCCAAGCGUGCCCGUUUGGCAGGCGGUCAGCCACCCUUGGCCAGCGUUGGCCUGAGGCAGAGGCUGCGAGCGUGGCUGGGGAUGGCCUUCCCCAUGGGCAUUCUGCUCUUCCGCUGCGGAGCAAUGUUCUCUGAUAGCUUUGUGGUGGCCGAGGCACGGGUGGCCCCAUUCUUGCUGGCCUCACUGGUGAUGUUACUGGUGGGGAAGCUCCAUUGGGAUGGCCGCCUGACUGUGCCAGAAGGCCCCAAGCAGCAGCUCCUUGGCUUUUCUUCUUACCGGCGAGAGAUCUGGUACCUGCUGUGCCUUGUGGCGGUGCUCCUGGUCUGCAUGCGCCUCUCUGGUUUCUUCCACCAGUGCCGUGAAGAAAUCCAGCAGUGCCGGCCCUCUCUUUUCCUCUCCCCCCUUGCCAGCCUGAGAAACACACGGGCCAAGAACCUCUUCUACCUCCUGUGCGUGGCCUUGCUGGCUGGGUUGGUCUAUGCAGUGCGGAGCUGGCUACGACACUAUGGCAACCUGAACAGCUCAGACCCUCUCGUGCUCUUUGUGCGCUGGGGGUUCCCACUGGUGGUCCUGUGCAUCGCCUGCUACUGGGCUGUUGCCUCCAGCGCUGAUGACUCUCUGGGCAAGCUGCAGGAGCUGGUGCAGGUGGCAGUUGUUGCCUUUCCGUGGGCUGUCUAUGGACUGGCGUCUGUGGGGCUGCUGCUCCUGCUGUGCAAUCCCAUGACAGUGUUCGCCAAGGACACACGGGAGUCGGCGGGAUCCAUCGUCACUCCCUACCUGGGUGUUCCCAGCUCUGAAGUCGACUUCCUCCACGUCAUCCCUCAGAUCUACAAGAGGAUGCAGGAGUCUCAGAAGAGCCGCCUGGAGGGGGCCAGCACUAAAGCCACUGUCGCAGCCUACGGGCUGGGCAGCGUGUACUCCGCAGCCCUGGUCAUAGCACUCACUCUGCUGGGCUUCCUGCUGAUGCUUCUGCACAGCGAGCGGCUGAGUCUCGCCUUCCUUCUCCUCUUCCUGGAGGCCUUCGUGCUGCUGCACUUCCACACACGUGCCAGAGGCCUUGCUGGAGAUGCUGAGCCUUUUUCAGUGCCCUGGUAUGCAGUCAUCUCCUGGCUCCUUGCUGCUUCCCAGUUCUUCUAUUCCACAGGCCACCAGCCUGUCUUCCCGGCCAUCCACUGGAAUGCGGCCUUUGUGGGCUUCCACCUUGACCACAGCACAAACCUCCUGCCCGCUGUCCUCGUGGGCGCCAACACCUUUGCCUCCCAUAUCCUCUUUGCAGUUGGCUGCCCUCUGCUCCUGCUUUGGCCCUUUGUGUGUGAGAUGCCCGGCUCACAGAGGAAGAAGCCCAAGAAGGAGCCCCGGGAAGAGCUGCAGGAGCUGGAGGAGCACAUGAUGGAGAUGAGGCUGCGGGAGUCCCCGGAGAAGUUCUCCACUGCACUGCUGCAGCUGGGGCUGAAGUACCUCUUUGUCCUUGGGACACAGCUUCUGGCCUGUGUUUGUGCAGCUAUGAUCCUCAGGAGGCACCUCAUGGUCUGGAAGGUCUUUGCCCCAAAGUUCCUCUUUGAGUCUCUGGGCUUCGUGGUGAGCAGCGUCUGUCUCCUGCUGGGGAUCUCCCUGGUGAUGCGUGUGGACUGUGCCGUCAGCACCUGGUUCAGCCACCUUCAGCUCAGGUAGUGCCGGUGCUGUGGGGAACCUGACCUGCUCGUCGGACAAGGCUGUGGUUGUCUCCCUGCCUCCCUGGAGCUGGGAGGGACACAUGAGCCACCAGCAACGAGUGCCUGCCGGCAGCAGUCAGGGGUCAUCCCCAGCUCCCUGCCUCAGCGCUGCACAGAAGGACCAGAGCCAACUGUUCCCCGCUCCUUGCAGUGCUGUUUCUCAGAAGGGGAGAUCAGAGCUCUCGCUGGGCAUUUGUUGGCAGCAGGAGGACUCUGCUGCAGCAGACCAAGAAGCAAGAGUCCUGAAGUGUUCCUAUGGAGAAAUACCAACUGGGGAUGUCCCUGCUGCUCUCCUGACAACUGUCCCCACUGUGCAGCCGGUCAGCUUUGGUGGCCAGCAGGGUGUCACCUUGCCUGUGCAGAGACAGUGACUUGUGGUCAGGGGCCUGCUGAGGAGGAAAAGGAAGGGAGAGAUGAGAAGGAAGGCCCUGCAGCCACCGCUGCUCUUCACGUGCUCAGUUUUCAUGCUGGAAUCAAAAGUGCACAUGAUUACUCAUGCAGAUGGUUCCCAGGGUCUCAGUGGCAGCUGCUCCUCUGUAAAGCCAGUUGGUUGCUCUGUAGCAAGGCCCCUCCUGCCCUACACUCACUCCCCUUUUCCUGGUCUUCCUCAGCCCUGUGAAGGACCCCCCUGCGAAGGAGAGGAGGCUGGGCAGCCUCAUUGAGCCUGAAGCAGGCUUAGCUUGUUGGAGUGGUAGCAGGGAGAACUGUGUCCAUGACCAAGAACUCUCCACUUGCAGUCUCCGCCUGUCGCUGUCCUCCUGCCUGUAGCAGCCAGGGCUCCCGAUCUCUUCCUAAGUACCUGCACCCAGAUGCUGGCUGUUGAUGGUGAACAGUUAAGUUGGUGUAGUGAUAGAACAUUGGCUCAUCCCUGUAUGGAGGAGAGGGGCAUUAUGGCGUAGCCGUCCCACUGCGAGAGUGUCCGUGGUCAGAGCUCCAGCACCGGGGAACAGCUGCCCAGAAGCCCUGAGCUUAGUUCUUCUGGGAGGUGGCUUCACUCACUGGUGUCUGUGUGUGUGCUAGGGGUUAUGUCACCUUGAAGGGUCCCCAGGCACUGCAGCUGUUGGCGCCUGUGAUCUCAUAUUUGGUGCUUAUCUCCCUCUCGACCUUGGUGUUCUGCAUGGGCCUUCGUGGCACAAGUGGGUUACCCCAAACCUGCCCUUGACUGCUUGCAGUCAGGAAACAUCGUAUUUCUUUCUUUAUGGGCAGAGGACAGUGACCACGGUGCCUGGCCACAUCCCGGCUAAAUUCCCCAUGCGGUUCCGAUGGGAGCGGGGAUUCCGUACUGCCCUGAACCACUGUGUGGCAUUACUUGGUGCUAUGAAACCUUCUGUCUCUUUCCACUUCAGAAGGAGCUGAGGACUGCUUGCCUGAGAUUCCUGCGGUGAUUUUUGCUCUGGUCCCGUUUGUUUUUUAACUCAUGCACCAUGACUGCUCCUGUUUGAGUUCUUCACUGCAGGUGGCUAGCAUAACUGCAGACUCUUGUCUUCUCUGCCUUGGAGAGUCCUGGGGAAAGUGUCUCGUCACCUCUCCCAUCAUUUCAGUUCUUGCCAUUAUGCCCAACUGCUCAGUCGCUGUGGAAAAUAGUGCUUGAGGACAGGUUUAGCUUUGUAUUUUACCCCUGCAAAAUGCUCGCUCAGAUGGUAAGCUGCAGUUCCAGGGAGGCUUAAACUGCUCUGAUUUUUGGGUUUCCAUUGCCUGUCCUCCUUCAGACCUGCUGGCUGUGCUCUGCCACCUCAGCCUCGCAUCUCACCUGCCCUGUGGACCUCUCUGCUCAAUUUCGCCUGACACAGCCAGGAACUGGUUUGUAGCUGGUGUGGCUCUCCAGGCUGCCUUGCUGCCUGGGUGCACACACCAGUUCCUAAUGCCAGGCAAGAGGUAGCAGUGCGCGGUGGGGGAAGCUGGGGGAAGCUGGAGGGGGCAGGAAUGCAUCAACCCACAAUUAGAUGGGCUUAAGCAGUCCCACCAUUAAAAAUAGGUUGUUUGAUGUAUACUGUGACUCCUUGGUGGCCAGAUAGUUUAAGGGAGCCGUACUGAUGGGUGAGGGGUGCAUCAGCGUGGAGAGGAGGAAGGGGAUGGAGGUAGCAGCGACCCACUGAAUUUUAAGGUGAGGUUAGUCUAAAUAACAUAUGUUGCUAAACUGUGAGGCUGAAGCCCAGAUAGGCCCUGUUGUAACCUUGUAACCUGGUCAGGAGCUUGCUGCCUGUCUUUAUUUGUGCUUGCAGAAAUCCUUAUGUUUGCUCAUGCUGUAGUACUGGCCUGUGACAUCUCUGCAGCUGCCACCCAGGCCCCUGGGCUUCCUUCUCUCCCAUCUCUGGGACUAGUUCCUCUUUCAGUGGCCACCUUCACGCUGCGAGCCUUCCUGUACCCCUUGUUCGUGGUUAGAGACUCGGACAGCGUGUGGGCUUCCUCUCCUCAUCCUUCCAUCUCGCCCCUCUGUCCUCCUGCGGGGGCUGUAGGCUCAUGACCCCAGGAGGCUGCAGCGCCACGGAAACACGCACAAGUCACUGGAGAUAAACAAAACUGCGGUAACAAAGCUGCAAAUGCGUUCUUGUCACUGCGGAGAUGCCAAGGAGUGCUAGCUGCUUGGCCAAGGCAGACUGGCUACUACACCAAAGAAUUCACAUUCAAGAAGACGAGUUUUCCAAGGGCUGGAGAUACUCUUGCUUUCUUUCAUUGUCUUUUUGAGUCUUUGCCAACCCUCCCCAGCUGCCCUCAAGCUGUUUUUUUUUGUUGUUUUUUGGCUGAUGUUCUCCUGAGUGUGCUGGGGAUAAGAGAGUUGGUGACAUUGAAAGCAGGACAUGCCGCUGCUCCUAGAGCAGAUGUGGCUGUGUGUGCUGAUUUAAAACCUCAAGGAGCAUCCAGAGGAAGGCGCCUGCUGGUCCAAACCAGGGCUCUUUGGGAAUCCUGGCCUGCUGGGGAGCAGGCCCUGCCCUACGUCUCUGCUGAGGUUGUCACUGGAGCCUGCUGGGUCUCUCCUGGAGCAGUUAUUCCAACUGGUUUGUUUCACAGUAUCACACAGUAUCACAGUAUGUUUGGGAUUGGAAGGGACCUCAGAAGAUCAUCUAGUCCAAUCCCCCUGCCGGAGCAGGAACGCCUAGGUGAGGUCACACAGGAACAUGUCCAGGCGGGUUUUGAAUGUCUCCAGAGAAGGAGACUUGUUUCUGGUCCCUGUGUCCCAUGGCUGAGGGUGACAGGGGAUGUGUCAUCCUCAGCAUGCUCUGCAGUGCAGUUUCAUCCCGCGCUUCUCAAAGCUGCCGCGGAAUUCUGUUUGGAGCGUCUCCCUGCGCUGGUCCAUGGGGCUGGCGCUGCCGUGGGGAGCCUGGGGCUCCAUGUAUCACUGUUCUCAUGCCCGUUUCUCUGUCCCAUCCCUCCCUGUUCUUCCCUCAGCACUUGAGGCACGGUCAUGUUCUCGGUGUCUCCCCUUCCCUGGGGAAGCAGCGGUGCCCUUUGCCCAACCUCUGAUUCCACUCAUCACGUGCUUGGAGUGGGAUUGUUGUUUUGUUUUGGUUUUGUUAUUAACCUCUCUGUGCCUCAGUACCCCAUUUGGGAUAAAAAAAAACAAGGGGAUGAACCCAGUUCUAGAAAGCGAUUUGCGACCUCUGCAUGCAGCGUGGUGCUAUGCUUUCCUGGGUAUCUACAUAUCUGGCCGUCACUGCUUUUGUUCCCACUCAGCAGCUGCACUGGGAAAGUGGAAGUGAUGCUUGAGUCUCUGCUAGGCAGUAGAGCCUUUUUUCCUUCAAAAAAAACCCCAAACAGGCAAGUUGGCAGCUUUCGUUCUCCUGACGGUGUUGCCUCUGAACUACCGCGGUCCCUGGGGUUGGUGCCCAACCUCGCUGCUCUGUGCCUGGCACAGGGGAGGCAGCCAGGGAGGGUUGGCUUCGUUAUUAAAUGACUCAUUGAUUAAUUAAUUGGUGGUGGGCGAGAUUUGCAGUCCCAGGGUGGCUGUGGGUCUCUGGGCGGCUGUGAAGCGGAUGCCUGAAUAAACCCGUGAGACCCAA